AUGUCCGAAAGCCCUCGAAACGGAGGUGAAUCAGCUCCAAGGAUAUUCACUACUAUGUAUAGGCCUGUGCGUCUUGUCGACAAAAGAAACAGCGAUGCGACGGCGCUUCACCACGAUGUGCAAGAUGCUUACGGCAAGGACUUGAAUGCGAUUAUCCAAGUCGCCGAAUGCGUGGCCCAAGACCUUGAACUGCAAGUCCAACGACUUGGAGGGGAAAUCCGUGAAUCCAGGACAGCAUCGUCGGACGAAGCACCCGCCUCUUCACUCCCCCGGAGAGAUGACGAUAGUACCCCCUCGGCUGCUUUGGCAUUAGACAGUACCGGAACGGUUCAGCAAGCUACUUCUUCGAAAGUUCCCUUGCCUUUCUUUCAUCAAGCGGAGCGAUCCGUGGCUCAGUCAAUAGCAGGCAUCAGACAUGGUAAAUUCAACAUGCAAAUAUUUGCGGAUGUCUUCUCAUUCGAUGUCAAUGUCGGGCUAGUAAAGUCGUCCUUCGAGGACAUAAUUGAAGUAUACUCAUUUUUUACAAUACCUGACCCACAGGUGUUGAAAGUCUUGGAGCAAGAGGCCAGCACAGCAGCAUCGAUGAAUCUGGCCAUCACCAACUCCCUGUUAGCCCUCACUGUCCAGUUCAAGGUAGCAAACCAGCACAUAGGCGAGCUUCUCCCUAUUGCGUGGGCUCGAUUCAAAAGCACGUAUGCAAGGCUCCCUCAACUUAUUACCCAACCGCCUUGCAUCUCUACAUGUCAAGAGCUGUUGUAUAUGGUCAUGUUCUUGCAAGGGUUCGCCGACGUACGAACCUCUUACCAGCUAUCAUCUAUGGCUAUCACUGUUAUUCGAACAAUUAUCUCGUCAAGCCACAACAUAUCCAACCUAUCGGUAGAAGAUACCCUCAUCCUAUGGGGCGUGUUCAGUCUGCACGUGGAAAUAUCUCUUCGGUGUGGCAUUGCGCCCUCUAUCCGUGAGAUUGGCUUUCAUGUGCCGCCCCCAAGUAGAGAUGCGUUGGUAACUUGCACCAACGAUUUCGCACCUAAGGGUCAUGCCGAUAAGGUAUUGGCGCGAGCAGAGCUUGCUCUUAUUCAGUCCAACAUAGCCGACCUUGAUACAGACGUCACUCCAAAUUCCACAUCGUUAGAAGAAGACCUUGACUCAUGGGCAACUAGAACUUUCGGUAGUAUCAGCCUAGAAUCAGAGGAAUCACUCGCAUUUCCGUCUCUGAAUCUCAGAUUCGUGUACUAUCACUCGAGAUUUAGAUUGGCACGAAUCAGCCAGCGCUCCCCUGAGGCCGGCAUAGUAUUUGCCCAGUCUACACUUCGACUACUACGGCAUGUUCCCAACCAACAAUAUCUAACUAUCUGGCGAGUCCUGAUAUAUCCACUCUGGGCAUCUCUUGCGCUCCUCGAGGAUACACUGCAAGCACCGAAUAACCCACGAGCGUGCACGAAUAAUGAAUUGAUUCAAACCUUUUACAACUUCUUGGAAACUACCCAAAGGUUACAGCACUGCGAUCUGGGAGCUAUGGUCAAAGGCUUGUCGAAGAUAUAUGCUCUGACAACGACUGCUUUACCCGGACAGCAGAUGGCGGAGGAGAACACUGCUACAAUGUCCAGUAGCAGCAACGAAAGGCCCUUACAGAUACUUCAAUUUCUUAGCCAGUACAAAGAUUUCAUGCCCCUGGCACAGGGCCUCAUGGGGAAUAUGCCAGAGUCAUCUAGAGUUCGGGAAUUCGCAAACUUACUUGGUAUCGACUUCCAAUUAACUGAAGACUUUGGACCAUUCGUUCCUGAGAUCUUAAGACCAGAGCUGUACAACUUUACAUUUGAAUACAUUCAUUGA